AUGAGCGGCGAAAACGAAUCAACUUCUCCGAUUUCACCAGCAUCUCUAAAACAAAAACUGAAAUCAUCUUUCCGUCUUCCAUGGCAACGCCACCAAAACAACCAACGCUUGGCGGCAAGUGCCUCAAUGACACCACCGAGCCCUAAGGCUGGCGACAACAAUAGUCCGAGGCUGACGUCUUCUACGUGGCUUAAGUCGCCGGAAUUUAAAGACAAGUACCGCAAUUUGAUUAAUCGCAUUGGAAACGGUCACCGUCAUAGCCACAGUCAUAGUCUUGGUAGACGAAACUCGGCGGAAUUUCGAUACGAUCCGUCGAGUUACGCUUUGAAUUUUGACGAAGGAUGCGACGAUAGCCAAUUCGAUGAGUUCCCUUUUAGGAACUUUACUGCUAGGUUACCGCCAUCUCCAACUACAAAUCAUAAUUCUAGGGAAAUCGCCGCUUAG